AUGCCAACAUCAGCUUCCACAAGAACCAUUCGAUUAACAGUGAUUGCAGCAGAUGGGUUGAUUAAGAAGGAUUUAUUCUUUAAAAUGCCCGACCCUUUUGCUGUUGUCACUGUUGAUGGAGAGCAAACACACACAACAACAGUAAUGAAAAAGACGCUUAAUCCUUAUUGGAAUGAAAGUUUUGACUUAAAAGUAACGAAUGAAAGUGUCAUUGCAGUCCAAGUAUUUGAUCAAAAGAAGUUCAAAAAGAAGGACCAAGGCUUCUUGGGUGUUAUCAAUAUCCAAGUUUCCAAAGUAUUCGACCUUGAAGUGGGAGGAGAUGAAAUGCUUACACUCGAACUUAAGAAAUCCAACACUAACGAAGCUGUGCACGGAAAACUGAUUCUAAACUUGUCUACAAAUGUAAACGUGCCUAUUCGAAAUGGCACAGAUACCCUUGCUCCAGGCACUUCAUCUAACAACAAUACAACAUCAUCAUCACAAUCAGCAAAUGAAACAUCGUCACCUCAUCCUGCUGUCGCCGCGCUUGCUGCUUCAGGAAGUAAUGCCGCCGCUCAUUCAAACACAAAUCUAUCCACCAACUCUACAAACGACAACAACGAUUUACCUCCUGGUUGGGAACGCAGAGUGGAUCAUUUGGGUAGACCUUAUUAUGUAGACCACAAUUCUCGCACGACGACUUGGAAGAGACCUUCUGCUAGAACGGCUCAAGAUCAGCAAAAUCAAACGGAAUUGGAGCGUCUUCGUCAUAAUGCUCGUGGAUUACCCGAGGAUAGACCAAACAGUGCUGCUGCAAGUGCUGUUUCAUUGGAAAAUAAUCACUCAGCCGCUGCUAGUGCUACUACGCCAAGUGCUGCUCCUGCUCCUGCUGCUGCUCCAUCCAGCAACACAAAUGGUGCUGGUCCAAAUGCUGGUAAUGUUACUGUUCCCAAUAACAACAUGACUUCAGCAGGCUCUGGCCCUCUUCCACCUGGUUGGGAAAUGCGUACCAGUGCAGAAGGCCGUCCUUAUUUCGUUGAUCACAAUACACGUACCACUACAUGGGUUGAUCCACGUCGUCAACAAUACAUCAGCACCAUUGGUCCUGGAUCCAAUCUUCAAGUACAAGUUCAACCUGUAUCUCAAUUGGGUCCCUUACCCUCUGGCUGGGAGAUGCGUUUAACCAGCACUGGCAGAGUCUACUUUGUUGAUCACAAUACCAAGACCACGACUUGGGAUGACCCUAGAUUACCCAGUAGUCUCGAUCAAAACGUACCUCAAUACAAGAGAGAUUUCCGUCGCAAGCUGAUCUACUUCCGCUCUCAGCCUGCUCUACGUCCAGUGCCUGGUCAAUGCCACAUCAAGGUUAGACGUGAUCAUAUUUUCGAAGAUGCCUAUGCUGAGAUUAUGCGUCAAGCUCCUGCUGAUCUCAAGAAACGUCUGAUGAUCAAGUUUGAUGGCGAAGAUGGUUUGGAUUAUGGUGGUUUAUCGAGAGAAUUCUUCUUCUUGUUGUCUCAUGAAAUGUUCAAUCCCUUCUACUGCUUGUUUGAAUACUCUGCUCACGACAACUAUACGCUUCAAAUCAACCCUCACUCAGGCAUCAAUCCCGAGCAUUUGAACUACUUUAGAUUCAUUGGUCGUGUAGUGGGUCUCUCCAUCUUCCAUCGUCGUUUCUUGGACGCCUUCUUUAUUGUUUCCUUUUACAAGAUGAUUUUGAACAAGAAGAUUCUUGUGGCAGACAUGGAAAGUGUAGACGCAGACUUUUACCGUAGUUUAAUGUGGAUUUUGAACAAUGAUAUCACUGACGUUUUGGAGUUGACCUUCUCCACAGACGAUGAUCGUUUCGGUGAGGUUGUUACUGUCGAUUUGAUCCCUAAUGGCCAAAACAUUGAGGUGACUGAGGAAAACAAGAAGGAAUACGUCAACUUGAUCACAGAGUGGCGCAUUCACAAGCGUGUCGAAGAGCAAUUCAAGGCCUUCAAGGAAGGUUUCAAUCAACUUAUUCCUCAAGAUUUAGUCAAUGUCUUUGAUGAACGUGAGUUGGAAUUGUUGAUUGGUGGUAUCGCCGAAAUUGAUGUGGAUGACUGGAAGAAGCACACCGAUUACAGAGGCUAUACAGAACAAGAUGAUGUUAUUCAAUGGUUCUGGAAGUGUAUUCGUACUUGGGAUAGCGAGAAAAAAUCCAGAUUAUUACAAUUUACUACGGGUACUUCUCGUAUUCCUGUCAACGGAUUCAAGGAUCUCCAAGGCAGCGAUGGUCCAAGAAGAUUCACCAUUGAGAAGUCUGGUGAAGUGACACAAUUGCCAAAGGCUCAUACAUGUUUCAAUCGUAUUGAUAUGCCCCCUUACAAAUCAUACGAGACCUUGGUUGCUAAAUUGACAAUGGCCGUUGAAGAAACUGUUGGUUUUGGCCAAGAGUAA